CGUGGCAGCGCUUAUUGAUCGUGGCUCGGUGGUGCUCGGUUGUCCCUGCACGCGUCAUGCGUCGUCGUCUUUCGCGACGUAGCGACGGUGCUGGAUGGGGGAUUUUCCUACGUUUCCGUCUUGUUCGUUAAGUGCGAGGUAGCGACAACGCAACGGUGCCAAUGAUAGCAGACGUGUAUACUUUCGGUUCGUAGUGCGCGUAGUUCGUUGGACGUUCGAACGGUCAACGAUCAAGGAUUCCGGCGGGAUGCGCGAUUGACAGAUACGUCCGAUUGUAGUAGUGUGAAUCGAACAGCCGCCUGGUUCAGCCGCUUGGAAAAACGGAAGGAUUCUCCUCGCGGCGAAAUCGUCGAGGAUUGUAAACGAUAUCGCGAUCAUUCUUUUCGCGACGAGUGAAAGUGAUCGGCGACGAAGCGUUCUCAAGUCGGCCGGAUGCUCAGCCGACAGGUGCGUUAGGAAAGGUUCGCUCGGUAUACCGGGCGGCCAAUACUCGCUCGCGAUUGGCUUGUCCAUUAGAACUAGCCGUCGUUCGACCAAUCGCAUCACGCGUAUGGGCUAGGCGGCUUUUUCGCGAUUCCGACUGACUUCAUUCCGGUUCGGGGAUAACAACUUUGAAAAGGAAACAUGAGUCUGCUGUCUUCCUCCUUUGGCAGCGUCCACUGCCUCGCGGACGAGGAUGCCGAUAACAAUAUGCUUCAAGAUUUACAAUUGGCCGCUGAACUUGGCAAAACCCUCCUGGAGCGAAAUAAGGAAUUGGAGAACAUCGUCAAAGCACAACAGUCUACGAUCGAAGAACAAGCACAAGAAAUAGAGUAUAUGAAAAAACAAAUAGCUGCCCUGAGGGAGGUAAACGAUUCACGACUAAAGAUUUAUGAACAACUUGAGGUCAGCAUUCAGAACUUGGAACGAGCGAAUCACCGUCUAGUUGUAGAGAAAACGAGCGACAAGAAACUUAUUAAAAGCCAAUGUUUAACAAUUGAAAAUUUGGAGGCACGUUGCGAGGAAUUUCAGAAGAAAAUCGACGAGAUAAACGAGCAACAUGAAAGUCUACUUCGGCAACAAACAGCGAGCCAAUCGACGAACACCGCACAAACACAGACCGCUCUGUGGAAAGCAUCGGUCACGCCGGGUGGCAGCAUACAACAGAGCGCUGCCCCAUCUGGCCAGAAACCUUUCCCAGAAGCGAACACGGACCCCAAUGUUCGACAAUCCAUAACAGGAGGGACGAGCGAAGAAGAGGUGACAGAAAUGGUCAGGCAGUUGCAGGAAGCACGAAACCAAAUAGCAAGGGAACAAAAGAAAAACACAGAACUGAAACAGCAAGUAGCGUCCCUGACACAAGGAUACAGUGCCUUAGAGGAACAAUUAAAUAAUUUACGCAGUACAGAGCAAUCUGUGAAGAACCUUCAAGAAGAGAUAAACAUGCUUGAAGAAGUGAGGCGGGGUCAACUGUGCGGUCGAUGCUUGCGAGGAUUAGACAAAACGCACGACGAACUUUCUAUAAUAUUGAACCAAGAAGAAUACGACGACAUUAGCAUCGCAGAGUCGCUAAUUAAUGACACGCUACGAGAACCCGAGCCGGUUGCACAGGAGACAAUCGAGAAGGAGGUACCAGCCAACGAUCUAAGCAACCCUUACAGAGUUCUAGUGGAAAAAUACCAAGCGUUACUAGAAGUUCAGAGGCGUUCAGCGCCCCGACGUAAGGACAGCUUACGCACACCAUACAUGUCCUUGCAAGAAGAACUGGAGAUGUCCGGCGAGUUCAACAGUUUUCAGAACUCCACAGCAGAAACAGAAUUGCAACAAGAGUCGACGAAAUCUGCAGUUGCAAGUGGUACGCGUGCCAAAGCAGAGGGUAAGAAACCGUUUUCCGCUACCCCGACAGAUUUCUCCGAAGCGGAAACAUUGUCUUCCGGUUUCUCUGACGAGACAAGCAACAAAGCAACCCAAACCGAUGGAAGACCCGGCUCGUUCCUUUGCUCAAUUGCCGAUGGUGAAGAUUGCAAAUUUAGUAUUUACGACGACAAUAGUCCGUUCGAAAGCAGAUUCCGGAAAACGCCCGAGUAUAGGCAAAUAUUCAGUGAAAUAUUCAGCGUGCUGAAGAGAGCAGCGGAAGCUAAAGACGAAGGAGAGAAGCUGCCUCUAUUAGACGACUUGUCAAGUUCUGUCGUACAUCAGUCACAAUCGUUUGCGUCGGAAGACGUUCCCAGUGAAACCACGGACGAUAAUCAGAGUGUGGUUUCAUCAGCAUUGUCCUCCACCGUAUCUGAACCACUUUAUAGAGUCCAAACUCCUGUUUCUAACUCAGUCAGCGAACAAUCACACAGUAAUAACGAAACGUCAACCACUGUAUACACAAAGAACGAAAAGAUGGUAGGUCAACGUAAUUCAAAUGUCUGUCGUUUAGAUUAUAUGACGGUUAACAUACACAUUAAAAAAUCAGCUAAGAAACACGCUAACAGAAAAUUUACACACAACGAGAAACCGUUGCUACUCGACGGAAGCCCGACGCCCAAUCAAAAGUUCGCUCGUCAGAAAUUGAAUAAUAGCGGGAAAAAGAAGUUCCGACCGUUCAGCGUGACCGAUCAAAAUGGCGGCGCGUGUAACGGGUACACUUACUCGAAUCGAUCGAAAGAAUCGUCGAAUACCGGUAGGCAAGCUAAUAAUUUAUGUACACGUAACGGCAAUGACCAACACAAUAACAGUUUCGAAUAUAGGAAUUACAAACCGAGCACUGCGUCUGAAGAAGUUGCCCGGCUGAAGAGGUUAGAAAUGACCUACGCAGAAGUUCUUCAGUUGCCAAAGCUAAAACGAGAAGCCAUGGUAAAAGCUAAAAACACAGUCAGGGAAUCGGGAAAAACUUUUUCUACGUAACGCGUGGUUGAAGAAAUUAAGAACUUUUGAAUUUUUGAACUUAACCUCGCUUGACCCAUGCGUUAUGAUACAGUGAGUGUAAAAAGUGUUUGUACAGAGAGUAAUUCCAAAGAUAAUUUUGUAUAACUCGGUUUAUUAAUAAACUUUCUUAAGAAGAACUCAGAUGUUCGCAUAAUAUUUGAAAAUAUUUUGAAAAAUCCCAUAAUCGGCAGAAUUAUCUGCGUAAAAAGUAUUUGUACAUAAAUCGGUCCAAUUUUACUUGAGUUGCCUAUUAAUGAUUAAUGGGCGACAGACUAGAGUUCCAAUUUUAAUUUAAAUUUUAUACUGAGCCUUUAAAAAUCAUCUUUCUAUUAUAAUAUAUGAAAUUCUUUCGUCAAGCUAUGUUCGAAUUAAUUUCUAGAAUAAAAACACUAUCCUAUUCACGAGAAUUUUAUUGCUGACAGUUCUCUAAACGUAGUGAAAUUCAACCGCGCAUUACUGUAUGUAUUUUUAAUUCUCAGUUUCUCUGCACUGGCAUGGAGGUUAAUAAACUUAAAGAAAUUUAUUAAUAAAGCGAGUUGUGUAAAGUUUUUUUUGGAAUUACUCGAUGUACGAAUAUUUUUUACACUCGCUGUAUAAAAAGUUCAAAAUUUCUUAAUUUUAAACGAACACUUAGACAGAAACAUGGUUAAAUUAUUUCAGAUGGUUCAGUAUUGGUAAUCAAUGUUAAUUAAACAUACUUUGUAAAUUGCGGGUAGUGUCUGCGAGGUACUCGACUACAGUGGCUGUCCGAUAAGUAGCUGCCUUCAGAAUAGGCUAUUUAGCGCGGCUACUUAUGAAACGGUCACUGUAUUAAAUUUUUUAAUUGUAUUGCGCGUAGUGUCUACUAGGUACAGAACUAUUAGACAUUAAUUUUUUUAUUGUAUUUUGUAUGUUAAUUGUAUAUCUUUUUUUCAUGUGGAUGAGCGUGGGUAACAAAGGUACACAACUUUAAUAUAUAUUGUCGGCGAUAUCUAUACGAGAUUAACGAGAAAGACAAAUCAAGUCGUAAAUUUGUUUUCUCUUAGAAGUUGUAGUUGUGAUAAAGGAAUAAAGUUAUUUAUGUGCCAUUUA